AUGCAGACCUUUCCCCCAUGCACCCUUGAUGCCAUCCUCCAGGUUGGUCGUUCUGCUUUGACAACCGUCAAGGACCUACCCCUGGAACUACUAAGGAAAACCUCCUCCUCUCCAACUACUUCCACACUCAUAUCGCUAGUGAGUGCAAAAACAUCCUCCUCUCCCAAGCGCACGGAUUUGCUUACUUUAAUGGCGCCGAUGGUACCCUCCGGCAAGUCAUCUGCGCUAAGCAGCACCGACCCGCCCAAGGACAUCCACUGGCCCAGUGGGGACGGAGUGUUCACCAAAGUCAAAAAGUUCUUCCCCAUCUACCCUGGUGCCAACAUCCCACCAAGCCUUAAGCUAUCCACCGCCCCACCGUCCAAUCUAGAAUCCUUCCACCCCCAAUUCCGGCUCUGGUACAAGGCAAUGAAGUACCUUCACGAUCACAAUGAGUCCCAGAGCCUCCAUUCCCACGCCCACAUCUUCAGCGCCGACACCAUCCCAACCGAUCGAUUUCCAGACAGCGACCUAGCUACGCAUCUGACAUAUUCCCCAUCCACCGUCAGUGCAUUUGCAGCUGAGGUCCUCACCUACAAAGCCCUCUUCGAAGAAUUCAAACAGCACUUGGCCCUCUCUACUUUAGCAUCUACUAAUCAUGUCACUACCCAAGAAGCUCCAGCAGCCCCCCUUCCAGCAGGGGCCCCAUUUGAUAGCAAACUUUUUGCCCAGAUCAUGGCCAACGCUCUCAAAGGCGCCAAUGCCAGCACCAAGGAAAAAGAUCUGGCCCGCACUUCAGCCAGUGCCAAAGACUCUUUCAGCUUGAUUUUUGGCCGAGUCAAACCGGUCAUCCAGCUUGACGGCUCCACUGUCAACGAAUUCCACCCAUCCGUCCUCACUGACGACUUUGUCACAUUCUUGGAAAUCGGUUCGAUCAAAGAGGCCCUACGCCACCUCCAUGACACCUUUGCCCACAUCACCGAUACCCUCACCACUCGGAACAAUUACGACCGAAACGUCAACUUCGAUAUUGCCCUCUUCCAACACGCUACAGUCACUGCCCUCAAAACAUGCAGCUUUGGAGUUCGCCCCCUCACCAUGCACCCCUUCUCAGCCUCCUAG